UCCUUCAAAUUAAUAUAGAGUAUUUUUACAGACUUUUCUUAAAGUGUAACAUACUAACUAAUUACUAACACAUUGCUUGCAAGUUGCAACUAUAAUUGUUCAGAAUGUGUAGUUUCACUAGUUUACUAGCUAAUUAAAAAAAAACUUAAACUCAUCCCACAUGUUCCUUUGACCUAGUUUCUGUUUCCCCUUGAUUAUGUUAGUUAGUUCACCUGUGUCUAGUUAAUUAAGUAAUUUAGUCCCUCUCUUGUGUCUGUAAGAAAUCUCUCCGUUCUGUUCCUUCAGUGGCUGGUUAUUGUUUAAUGUUGUGUACACUGCUCAUGUUUCCUGGUGUGUUUUUGGAUCCCUCUCUAUUCCUGGGAUUAUAAUUAAAGGAUAUUUUAUUCUACUCCAUCUCACACGAGAGCCCUGACAAUGUGCAUCAUCUCAGAAUGAAGUGUCCUGAAUGCAAGCAUGUGUUUUCAGUAAAGGCACCAAAAUUCUGCUAUGAGUGUGGCUACAAGCUGUCAUCUCCGUCAAAUCAGACAGCACCAGACGAUUCACAAGACGAGGUUCAAUCAUCCUUAAACAUUCCACAUAGCAGUGAUAAAGAAAAGACUUUCAAAAGAGAUUUCAGGCCUGAAUCAGAAGUGCUGGAUUACCAGAAUGCCAGUAUAUCUCCAACACGACCAAAUGAAGAUAUCAUCAACUCUAACUCAAAGAAAAAGAAGAAUCACGGUUCCAGUGUAGAUUCACUGGUGAAGGCUGAGCACAGCCAGGAGCAGCAAACUGCACAUGGGAAGAAAAAUGUUGCUGCUGCCCAGAAAUGCAAUGAAAGCAAGAAUAACGAAAGUCAGAGCACUGCACCCCCAAAAAGAAAUCCAGCAGGGAAACAACAAAUAAGUUCCAGUGACAGAAUCACCGUUUACUUUCAUGCAGUCCUUUCAAAAGACUUCAACUUUAACCCAGAAAAUGAUUUUAUCUGCAUAAGGGCUGGUGGUCGCGUUGGUAACUGGGAAAAUGAUUUGGUUGAAAUGUCUGUGUCACGGGAUCUCGGAGAGCAUGGAUUUCUUGUUGAAGGGAAAUUUGUAUGCAAACAGACUGAUGCUAAAGAUGUGUACAUCCCCUACAAGUAUGUUGUGCAUAAAGCUAAAAAGAAUGACUAUGAGUUACAUUAUGAAUACAUCUACAAAUUGGAUUCAAAAGAAACCACCAACAGAUGUCUGUUUGUCAAAUCACGUCUCCUGAAUGAUGAAGGAGAGUGGCAUCAGUAUGAUGAUAUCAUCUGUUCAGAACCAUCUAAAAAUGUGUUUAAUAGGGUGAUAGAAUAUGUGUGGUCUGAGGAGAAGGGAAAAAUAAUCAAGGGAAGAGAAAUAGCUGGUUCAGUCAUGCUGGAAACUAUCUUCGACCUCCUGAGAAGCUGGAGCAACAUUAACCUCAAAAACUUUGUUUGUCAGCUGCAACAGUUUUUUGAAGUCUAUGGGAACCCCUUUGUAUUUGAAAAGAAAAAGACAAAUUGGGGCUCACUAGAUUAUGGUGAAGAAGAUGUGAGAAAGCUUCUGACGGGGUUCAUGCUGAAGUGGGUGACUCCAGAGCUUCAGAAAGGCAACCAAGAAAAGAGUGCUUUCAUCAAGGAGCCACUGAACGCUGCUCUCAUUAUGCUUUACGUGUGGAAACGGUAUAGUCUAGAUUUAGAUGGUGGGACUCUUUCUCGUCUCUGCACUGCCCUCUGCCUGCCAAAAUUACCUGAGGAGGGGUUCCGGUCUUUCUGGACUGACACAACAGAAUCAUUUUCAAUAAUAAACAAUUUGUCUGACAUGGUGGAGGCGCUGAUCAACAGGGUGAAAGGAGAGCACAUGUCCAAUUGGAUUAUCCUCAUUCCACUGCUACACCUGCUCAAAGGCACCUCAAAACCAUCUCAGCCAGUAUUUAAUCAAAUCACACAAUCAGAGCAGAGUUGGGCUGGCCUGCAGGGACUGAAAUUACCACAUGUUCAAGAUCGAAGGGCAAUGUUGAAUCUCAUAAAGACACAUAGACAUUUGGUGGAGGUGGACAGACUGCUGGCUCGGUCUUGGAUGUAUCUAAUGACUAUAGAUGAGUUGGUUGAAUGCAGCUCCUUCAUCCACGCAGAGCUCCUGGACAUCCUGCGGAUUUUCACCAUGAAAUGCCCCAAUGAAAUACCAAACAGUGCUUCAAAAAGCAUUUUGAAGGUUCUGGAAGACAUUCAGAUUCACUUGAUUGAACAAAGAUACAGAUGUCUGAAUGAGGAUUAUGGCAUUCAGUGCAUACAAGCAGCUUGCAAACUUCUAGAGAAGAUCUGCAAAAAAGAAAGGCGAACUGAUAUUCCUGUUGCUUGCAUGAACCUUGUGGCCUCUGUAUCAGACUUUGCCCAGACUACACAACAAACAGACUCUUUUUCUGAGAAGACUCAUGAGUUACUCAGUGAUGCCAAGCAAACUGUCAGAGCGUGGAUUGGACAAACUUUCAAAGCCAAACUGUUGAAAAAAGGGUAUCUAUUACCUGUCAGCUUCACUCCAGAGAUUGAGAUGUGGAAUAAUAUUAUUGCCAUAGAUUUCAUGAGUAUGGCCUUCACUAAAGAAUGGAGAGAGACCUUCACACAGGACUUUGAGGGAAAAUAUCAACAGGAAGUUCAUCUGGACCAAAUUGAGGUUUAUUGCUCAAAGAUUGAGGAACUUAAAGGCUCCCAGCCUUUUUUGGUGGGUAGCGUGGAGAAGUGUGCUCUCCAGGCUGUUUCCACAAUAUGCCAGGCUAAAUCUGAAAGGCAACUUUUUGAGAGAUUGAAUAAAUUCCGCAUAAACUGGAAGAUUAAAUCUCUUGUGUCUACCAUCAUCCUAAAUUCCUGGCCAAGAGACAGCAAAGGAACAUGUCUGGAGGAUGAAGAAGCUGUUCUCAAACAUCUUUUGGGCUGGACAGCAGCUAAGAAUAUCUUUGAGCUUCAUGGUGCUGAUGAAAAACUGAUCAAUCAACUUUCUGAAGAUGCUAAAAAGAAAUUUGACAUGGCAUUCUCAUUAUUCAAAAACAUUUCAAAUCAGCUUGUUACAGGAAAAAUAAAGAUAAAGCUACUCAAUCACAUCUUGCAGAAGAGUAGCGCCUUCUUUGAGCUGCUUAAUUUAGACUGUUUUUGUGAAAAUUCAAAAUACAUGGACACCAAAGCCAUGAAGAGGCUUCUUGACUGUAGACAAAAGGAGGUGAAUGCUAUUUAUCAUGAGUUAUCACUGGUGGAUGCUCUCAUUACAAUGUGCCGCAAUCUACAGAAACAUGCGAGGGUUGAUUUUGAAGGGUUGGAAGACAAACGCCAUAUUGACAUUGAUGAGAUGGACCUGGACAAGUUUAUGGAAGUUCAUUUAUUAAAUCAAAUUCGCUCUGCAAAGCCAAUAUUAGUCAGCUACUUUGAGCUUGAAGAUGAUGUUCGAUCUAUGGCAGAGGUCCUAAAUGCCUUCAAAGACAGCUACGUCUUCAAAAUAUGUUGGAUGAAUGAGGCAACAAAGUUUGCUAAAGAUAAUGAAGCAAUUCCUCCAGCAGGCCAUUUGGUUAUCUCACCCAAAAAGCUUCAGAUUGACAUAUUUACACCAUGCUACAAUGCCUACAGAAACAUCUACACAGCGCUUAAAGAUGGCACCAUCACUUUUGAAAAUAUUGAUGUGACAUUCAGAGCCUACAAGGGAAAAUAUGAAGAUCUUGCAGCGGAAGUUGCAAUCAUAUGCAGACUGGAUCGCAGUGAUGACCAAGGUUGGGUCCAGACAAGAGUCUAUCAGAUUGAGCAGUACCAUGAGCUUCAUCUGGCAGUAGAGUCAGCUAAGGUGGUCAAGAAGGUCAAACAAACACUCGGCUUAGAGGGAGACUUUCAAGUCCUGGAGAAGUUACUUAAUACUACACACUUGGAUUUUAAAAAGGAGCAUCUUGACAGCAUUGACAAUGAGUUGGUGCAGGCAAAAAUCAUGCUUGUGGAUAUCACAGAACCCCGUAGACUGUGCCUUCAGGAGCUUGACCAAAAGAAUUUUGUUAUGUGGGUAAAAGAGGCUCUUAGAGACAUCAAUGAGUUGAAAGUCUUUGUGGAUUUGGCUUCCAUCUCUGCCGGAGAGAAUGAUAUGGAAGUGGAUCGUGUGGCCUGUUUUCAUGAUGCAGUUCUUGGCUACUCCUCAAUGCUCUAUGAUUUGAAGCCAGAUGCUGACUUCAAGCUUUUUAAAGAGAUGCUGAAGAAACUGUGGAAGGCAUUUGACAAUGACCCCAAACUCCCAAAGAAACUGCGUGACUCUGCAAGACAUUUAGAAUGGUUAAAGACAGUCAAGGAUAGUCAUGGGUCAGUGGAAACCUCAUCUCUGUCUCUGGCAUCAACUAUCAACAUGAACGGCGUCUACAUUAUUAGUGCUCAAAAUCGAAAGUUAAGCUUGGAAGGAAUUCUGAAGUUACAUAUUAUAGAAGAGCAUGAUGAGGGCUGUGAGACACGCAUUUAUUCAUUUGAAGACCUCAGGGACCUUCAGAAUAAAUUAAUGCUAAUGUCAGGCAAAGGAGACCAGGGUCAGCGUGAAGUCAAUCGAUUUGCAGAGGUCUUUGCCAGUGUACAGAGGUUGGCCUCUGCAUAUAUUGAUUUGUUUGUUGCUGGUAAUCCAUUGUUCAGAGAAUGGGAGGCAAAGGUCACAUGUAAAAAUAAGGACGCAUGCAUCAUUAUGGACUUCCACUUGGGAAAUGAUGUUAGUGUCAUGGUGGAAGGUGAAGUCACAGAACAGUUGCUAGAAGUCUGUAAGAAAAUGGAGAGCUGUCUUAACUUCUGGAUGACUUUUAUGGACAAGCAGAGAUCACAGUAUUAUUACUUAAACUAUUUCACUUCAGAACAGGUGGUCUACCUGUGCAGCCAGCUCACCCAGAAAAAUGUGACUGAAAUGAAAGAUCAAGUUCUUAUGAUGCUCUCCUUUAUCAAACCUAAUUGCUCCUUUUCAGAUGUGAUACAAGCUUGGCAGAAAAUGAGCAAAAUGAAUUACGAGCAAAAUGAUGACUUAGAUUUUCAAACAUUUGCAAAAGUUGAGAAUGAUUUGAAUACUGAGGAGCCAUGCCUAUCAUCUCAUAACUUGGCAAGUCAGCUGAGGCAUGCUAAUGGGUCGGAAAAGCUAUGUGUGAUUUGGAAUGCUUACAUGCGAGACAUGAAGAAUUUCCUUCCAGACUGCCUUGAUGUCAGAGGACUAGGAUGUCUUCUUGACAUUUUGGCCAACAGUGAAAAUGAGGGUGAUUCAUCACAGGAUGAGAAAACAAGUCAUAUUCAGAGGGAACUGCCAAGUGGAAUGCUUUCUGGAAGACCAAAUCUGAUCAUCUGCCCUUCUGAAGAAAUUCUUUUAACAUGUAUUUCAAUAUACAUGAGCAGCAAAAAUGAGCCUCUACCAACCUAUGACGAAGUACUCCUCUGUAGUGCUUCCACUCCAUAUGAAGAAGUGGAGCUUUUCCUCAGGCGUUGUCUCUCUGCUGGCUACAAGGGAAAGAAGAUAUACACAAUGCUGUAUGUGGACCAACUUACCUAUGAAGUUAGCUACAAAGUGGAGCAGUUUUUUCAGCAGGAAAAAGCACAUGGCGCAAAAGAUUUUAGACUGGUGUUGGUCUGCAGCUCAAACAGAGAACAUGCAUACCUUCCCUCUGCUUUUAGUCAAUUUAGAUUGCACUUGGUUCCUCAAGAACCAGUAAUCAGUAUUCAGCAAUACCUUGUUAGGCAGUUUACAGUCCCAGCUGACAUAUCCAGUGCUGCUGCUGUGUUCAAAAACAGACAGUUUGUGGGAGUUGUAUCCUCAGAAAGAUCAGGAGUAGGAAAAUCACUUUACAUUAAACGAAUGCAUGAGAAAUUGAAAACGAUCACCAAGAAACCUUCACAGCUGAAGAGCAUCAGGUUAACUGAACCAAGAGUUGAUGAAAAUGCCAUCCUUCAGUUCUUGCACAGCAGCUCCAAGAAAAAUGAGCUUUCAGUCUUUCAUUUUGACAUCACCACCAUGGUGAAGAGAGGACUUCACGAAUUUCUGUUCAGGCUAUUGAUCCUUGGAUACCUCAUGGACUUACAAGGAAACGUGUGGAAAAGCAGUAAUAAGCACUUGUAUGUAAUUGAGAUUCUAAGACCAGAUGGCAGCACAUCACAAAGUGACAGAAAAGCUGGUGCAAAAGUCCCAUCUUCUUUCUUGGAUGUGUUUCCGGGUGUUUACUGCCGUCCACCUAAAGAGGUCUUUGAGUUAGAAAUGAGAAUUCAGGAAGAUCCAUCAUUUAAAGAAAGUAAGGGUGAUGAUCCCCUCAUGGAUGACCAAGAGUUCCGAAGUGAGGCCUACCAACGACCUUAUCAGUACCUGCAACGUUUCCACAAUGGUGACAAUUUGGAUUCCUUUAAGUACCGAGGAACUGAGGGUACUCAUGUCAAAUGCCUGCAGAUAUUGUUUCUGUACUGCGGCAUUGUAGACCCUUCUUGGGCAGAGUUGCGGAAUUUUGCUUGGUUCCUGAAUUUACAACUUAGAGAUUGUGAGAACUCCGUUUUCUGUGAUGUUUCUAUCACAGGGGACAUUUUGUUUGGAUUUAAAAAAUUUGUUGUUGAUUUCAUGAUUCUCAUGGCAAAGGAUUUUGCCACUCCUUCACUUAGCAUGUCUGACCAGAGUCCGGGAAGACUGCAAAGUGUCUUUUCUUCUGCCAAUGAAGAGGAACUGGCUCCCUUUAGGAUAAGAAAACGAUGGGAGUCAGAACCACAUCCAUAUAUUUUCUUCAACAAUGACCAUGUGUCUAUGACAUUCAUUGGCUUUCAUCUUCAGCCAAAUGCUCAGAAAAAGAUUGAUGCUAUUGAUCCAUCAACAAACAGAGUGAUCAAGAAGAACAUCAUGACCAGAGAGCUCUAUGAGGGCCUUAAACUACAGGGAGUUCCUUUUAAUAUUGAUUUUGACCAGCUCCCAAGACGUGAGAAAAUUGAGAGACUUUCCAGGGUGUUGGGAAUACAGUCUCCUACUGACCCAGAUGAAACAUAUGAGCUCACCACAGACAACAUGUUGAAAAUGCUGGCAAUUCACAUGCGCUUCCGCUGCGGGAUUCCCGUAAUAAUCAUGGGUGAGACAGGAUGUGGGAAGACCAGGCUAAUCAAAUUCCUUUGCGAGAUGCACAGAGGUGUAGUUUCCUCUGACAACAUGAAACUAGUAAAGGUUCAUGGAGGGACAAGCUCAGACAUGAUUUACACCAAAGUGAGAGAAGCAGAGGACAUGGCGUUAAGAAACAAGAAGGAUCAUGGCUUUGACUCUGUGUUGUUUUAUGAUGAAGCAAACACAACAGAAGCCAUUGGCAGCAUUAAGGAAAUCCUCUGUGACAACACUGCUAAAGGACAGGAUUUGACAAUCAACACUGGCUUGCAAAUCAUUGCUGCUUGCAACCCAUACAGGAAACACACAGAUGUAAUGAUCGAGAGAUUGGAGUCCGCUGGUUUGGGAUACAGAGUUCGUGCUGAGGAAACAGAUGAAAAACUCGGAUCCAUCCCACUUCGCCAGCUUGUGUACAGAGUGCAUGCUUUGCCACCUAGCAUGAUUCCGCUAGUUUGGGACUUUGGACAGCUCAAUGACCAUACUGAGAAAAUGUACAUCAAGCAAAUAGUCGAAAGAGUCGUUCAAACCAAUUCUAUUGAUUGCAAAUACAUUACAACCAUCACAGAUGUUCUGUCAGCCUCACAGAUGUAUAUGCGAACAAGACGGGAUGAAUGUAGUUUUGUGAGUCUGAGGGAUGUAGAGCGUUGCAUGCAAGUUUUUGGCUGGUUCUACAUAAACCACUCAAUGUUACUCUCAGAGCUUGACCAGUUUGAGAGUAUUCAGAGAACACAGAGAAAUGAGCAACAGCCGAAAGACACUAAUAAAAGAAACCCAGUUCUAUGGUCAAUACUUAUGGCUGUUGGUGUAUGUUACCAUGCCUGCUUGGAGGACAAAGAGAAAUACAUAAAAGAAAUUUGCAGAUGCCUUCCAGAAUACAGUCCAAUGAAAGUGAUGCAGGAGAUCUCAUUUAUUCAGGAUCUUUUCCUGAGUGGAGUUCCAUUGGGUGAAACCAUUGCCCGAAACAACGCUUUAAAGGAAAAUGUCUUCAUGAUGGUUAUUUGCAUUGAACUGCGAAUACCUCUCUUUUUGGUUGGAAAACCUGGAAGCUCUAAGUCUUUGUCAAAAACUCUAGUUGCAGAUGGCAUGCAAGGACAAGCAGCUCAUUCGGAUUUGUUUAAAAAGCUAAAGCAAAUUCAUCUUGUUUCCUUCCAGUGCAGUCCUCAUUCUACACCAGAUGGGAUCAUUAAUACAUUCAAGCAGUCUGCCCGUUUUCAGGAAGGAAAGAAUCUAAAGGAGUAUGUCUCAGUGGUAGUGCUAGAUGAGAUAGGCUUGGCUGAAGAUUCCCAGAAAAUGCCCCUGAAAACUUUACAUCCUUUGUUGGAAGAGGGAUGCAUAGAUGACCAGCCAGUACCGCACAAGAAGGUUGGAUUCAUCGGUAUCUCAAACUGGGCUUUGGAUCCAGCCAAGAUGAAUAGAGGGAUAUUUGUUUCUCGUGGUGAUCCUGAUGAAAAGGAAUUGAUAGAGACUGCUGAAGGAAUAUGUUCCUCAGAUCCCAUGAUCCUUGAGAGGGUGAGAGAUUACUUUCAGCCUUUUGCCCAGGCUUACCUGAACAUCUGUAACGAACAAGGCAGAGGUUUCUUUGGUUUGCGAGACUAUUACAGCUUGAUAAAAAUGAUGUUUGCUGUAGCCAAAGCUACUGAUCAGAAGCCUAGUGCCGAACAGAUUGUGAAAGCUGUGCUGAGGAACUUCAGUGGGAAGGAUAAUGUGGAUGCUGUCACAGUUUUCACCAGCAGACUAAAUAUCAAUCCCAAACUUGAGAAUAUCAGUCCCUUUGAGCUUGUAAGAGAGAACAUCACAGCCAUUGAUCAAGAUGAGGAAUGCAGAUACCUGCUGGUUCUGACCAAAAACUAUGCAGCCCUUCUAAUUCUUCAACAAAUGUUUUUUUCAGACCAGUGUCAGCCAGAGAUUAUUUUUGGUUCAAGCUUUCCAAAAGACCAGGAGUAUACUCAGAUAUGCCGCAACAUUAACCGUGUCAAGAUUUGUAUGGAAACUGGUCAAACCAUUGUUCUUCUGAACUUGCAGAACUUGUACGAGAGCUUGUAUGAUGCUCUCAACCAAUAUUAUGUUUGGCUUGGAGGUCAGAAAUAUGUGGAUUUGGGGCUUGGAACUCACAGAGUCAAAUGCAGAGUGCACAGAGAUUUCAGGCUCAUUGUCAUUGAAGAGAAGGAUGUUGUGUACAAGCAGUUUCCCAUUCCACUGAUCAACAGGUUGGAGAAACAUUAUCUUGAUAUCAAUACCAUACUAAAGAGUGAGCAAAAGGACCUUGUUCAGAAGCUUGAGCAGUGGGUUGAAAGCUUUAUUACAGCUAAAAGCAAUUACUCAAUUGCUCCCCAAGCAUGCCACUACCGUCCAGCUGAUGCUUUCAUUGGCUUCCACUCAGACACCUGUGCCUCUGUUGUCCUGCAAGUCACAGAGCAGCACAAAGGGCAGAUUUCAGGUUCGCUGAAAGGGAUUUUAGAUGAGGCUAAAUUGAUCCUUUUGAACUGUGCUACACCAGAUGCAGUGGUUAGGCUAGACUGCACUUCCUUCUCCAAAGUAGAAACUGAGCACUUGUCAAGGGUGUACUUUGAAAACCAGAAGCAUAGCUCACUUGCUGACUUCAUCCUUUCUCAAAUACAGCAAGCAGGGCCUAGCCAUGCCUUCUUCACCGAGGUAACUACAUUCUCAAGGCUUCUGACUGCAACAGACACUGAACAGCUACAGAACAUAGUUCAAAACAUUGAGCUCCUCUCACUACAGCAGUUUGACACAGAAAACUCAUUCCUAAAGAAGAUCAGGAAUUAUUUGGAAAACACCACUGGAGACAAGAUACUUAUCAUCCAAACCAAUUUUGAUGAAAGCUCCCAAAGCCUAAAUUUCAUUGCAUCUGCAAACUAUUCUUCUCUCAGUGAAAUCAACAAACUCAGCAAAGAGUCCAAUGGAAAGAUUUUUGUGUAUUUCAUCACUAAGCUACCCAGAAUGGAUGGUGGAACUUCCUAUGUUGGCUUUCAUGGUGGCCCUUGGAGGUCAGUCCACGUUGAUGACCUGAGAACAUCGAAAGACAUUAUCUCUGAUAUAAAAGCCUUGCAGUGUCUGACCAUCAGCCAGUUGUUUGAACAGAAAGCUGAGAAAGCAGAUGAGCCUGGAGCUAUGGAGGAUGAAGACAUGCAUACAGAAGAAGAGAAGAUGGAAAUAGAAGAGAGUGCUGGCUGGGAGAAUGUUUUAGACACCAAUGUGCUGGUUCGUAGCUGUGUUCAGAGUGCAGUUGGCAUGCUAAGAGAUCAGCCAGAGGCAGGCACCCGCAGCACCAAGAGAGUAGAGACUCUGCUAAUGCUCUUGGAUGACAAUGACACUCUACAAGCUGAAUUUAUCAAAGCUUUAAAGAAGCGACUUCAUUCUCUACUGAUGGCUCACGAUGAAAGCACAAUCUCUGCCAAGAGCUGGGUCUCCAAGGAGGCACUUAAUAUUGAUGCAUUGCAAGAGGGGGGGACUUUUAGACAUGCCCUUUGGAGACGAAUUCAAGCAGUAGUAACUCCGUUUUUGGCACAACUUUUUUCAAUUAUUGACCGUGACUGCAAUCUAGACCUCUUGCUGGAUAGAAACUCUGAUGAAUCCUUGAGGAAAUUGUGGCUGGAGAUAUUUGGAGAUGUCAAGUUACUGCAUGUUCCUUACACAAGACUGGACAACAACUCAGAGAAGACGAUCUUGGUUCAGAACUACAUUGCAGUUGACAGCGAUGUUGGUUGCACCAUGCCCUUCAGCUGGAGAAUUAAAGAUUAUCUAGAGGAACUCUGGGUACAUGCUUUUCAGCAAGAAGGACACUCUCUCGAGCAUUUUGAAAAGUUUUUUUGGAAUAUCCCCUUGGGCAGGUACAUCUCUGAAGCAACCCAAGAGAUGCAGAUGGAGUUUUUCCACAGGUAUCUCCAGGAUUUCAUCUCCAUGACCAUGAAGGUAGCAUCAGUGGUGAAUCUCGAGCUCUUAUGUGAAGCCCUUACUUGUGGUGUAAAUGAGCUUAGAGGUAGUCUGGAAGUACAUGAGAAUGAAGUCAUUUCUCUGCCAUGGGUUCAUGCUGCCUACCAUCACUUCAAGAUCCGAAUACAGAACCUCUACAGGAUGAUCAGUAUAGAGCCUCAGAUUGCUCAGUUGCUUCUAGAUAACACAAGUGCCAGAGAGGGAACAGAACUGGUGUUAGAUGUGUAUGCUGCGGUGGCCUGUAUUGAAUGCCUGGAGCCCCAGUCUCUAGAUGAAGAUGUUCAAAGUCUGGCCUGGCUUAGACGUGUUAAAAAGCUACAGGUGCCAGUUGAGCUGGUCUGCUGUGAGGAGAGCCUACGCCACUAUGGAGAGAGAAGCAAACAGAUUGUCACCCACAUCCAACGUGGUUGGCGUCGCAUAUACUCUUUGGCCUUGUUUGUGGAGCACAUGCUGCUGGGUGUCGAGGAUGUGCAUUUAAACCUCAGGCCACUGGUUCUCAAACACACUCAACGCCUAGCACAAUUCCUAGAGAAGGACUCAGACCUCAAAAAGAAGCAGCCGUUUGAGGCAGUGAUCACCAUACUCAAAGCUUGCAAAGAUGAAGCAUCUCAGAGCAUUUUAAGGGGUUUCUUCAGUCAAAAUGCAUUGUUCAGAAAGCGAUGCAAUGCUUUCUUCAUUGAUCUGGUGUCCACCAUGUGCUUCAAGGACAGCACUCCUCCCAGUGAGGACAUCAUCCACCAUCUGUUGUCCCUCCUGAUGGUAGAGUCCUGCUCGCUCCCUCAGAUUGAAGGGCAAGACCGCAGGUUCCUGACUAAGGCUCUUUCUCCCUUUGAUGACUCUGUGGAUAAAAAUCCAGUGGUGCGUUCAGUGGUGCUGAAACUCUUGCUAAAGUACAGCUUUGAUGAUGUGAAGCACUAUCUUCAGCAGCAUCUGACAGAAGUUGAGCAAAGCAACAUCAUUGAGGAGACUGAUAAAACUGAGCUCUAUUCCUUGUACAUAAAUUGUUUAGAGGACUCGAUGUACGACCGGACACAAUGGCACUCAGUGGCAGAGCAGCAGACCUGUUUGCAGGAGGAAACACACUUUCUGCUGGAGUUCCUUCACUCUGAUUCUGUGUCUGCACACACUGCACCUAUAGAGCACCUCCAGCGCAUGGCCAGAGUUCGACUGUGUCUGGAAGUGGCUGCUGACCUGCUAGUUAACAGAGUGACUAGUGCAGAUGCACAGGACGAUCCUUCAUCUGUUACCUCAGCAUUUUUGAACAGUGUGGUUGAUCUAUGCUGCCAGAGCAGGAAUGACUGGUACAGGGUUUACCUCAUCAGAAAGAUCUGCACUCUUCAUGGGAUUGAAUAUGUCCAGAAACUUCUGCCACAGGAAGGGUUCAGGUGGCUCUUUCCUCAGGAGAUUCUUGAGUUGAAUCAUGAUGACAGCCAGAUUGACCACUAUCUAGCAUGUGGACUGGACUACAAAACUGUUAGGGAUGCAGUGGCCAAAGCCAUGCUAGAUUGCAACAUGAAUGGAAUACAGGAAGCCAUUGAGAAUUGCAACUGCACACCCAUGAAGAAAGCUGUUUAUCUGCUAAUGGCUUUAUUCAGAGAAGUCACAUCACUGUACAGAAAUGGAAACCCCAACUUGCACCCUAAACCUGAGCAACGUGCUGGCCUUGAAGAUUAUAUCAGAAGCACAGGCAUCUUUGUCAGUGCUGAAAUGAAAGUGUUUGCUGAAGCGCUGGUCAAUAAUAAUCUCGGUGAUCUGCGUGUACAGCCUGGGACAUCAGGCAGAGAGCUUCUUCUGGUGGAGGUUACGGUUCACAUGGCUGCAGUCCUGCUGUGUGGAAAUCAGCUUUUACUGAAGCCACUGCAGCAGCUGGCUCUGUCCCCAAACAACAUGACGGCUGCUUUCAUCCCAACUAUGCCAGAUGACAUGUUGGCUGCAGUCCGGCAGGCCAUGGGAGGCGUCCAGUGGUAUACCUGUCCUAACGGUCAUCCAUGGAUUGUUGAUAUGUGUGGUCGACCCACGGAGGUUCGCCGCUGUCGAGACUGUAAUGCAGAAAUAGGUGGCGAACACCACAUUCCCGUUCAAGGCUUCAACGUCAUGCAGAUGCAAGGGGACCGUACUCAGUCGGGACACAUUCUGGGUGACGCACAACGUCGUGACCAGCCAGACAUGCAGGACACUAAGAAUAUGUCCCCUGCCCCCUUCGCUCUUCUCAGACUGCUCACACACAUGUCCAUGCUGCUGGGAGCUCGAAACAACCCACAGAGUGUCAUGCAGAUCAUCAAGCCUGCUGUGCCAGAUCCCGGGCCAUUCCUGAUGGCCCAUCUGUUGAAGGACAUGGAGCAGUUGAGGAGAGCUCUGGGUAAAGGAGUGGAUGAUACAGUCAGUACCAUCCAUUUGACCGUCCACAGUCUACUAGAACCCCGUCAGACCAGCCAGUGGCCUGCUCCUUAUGAUGAAAACCUUUCCUCUAAAGAUGCAAGAAAUGGUUGGGAAAAUGCCAUGAAUACUGAUGUCAUUACACAUCAACUGAAGGAUCUGGAGCAACAGCUAAAGAAAGUGAAUGAAUUAAUCAGGGAAGAUGAGCGAGUGUCUUCUAAUGCAGUCAUGAAGCUGACAUUUGGGAAACCAGAGCUUUUCCUGAGCUCUUUGUCCCAGAACUCCCUUAUCCAUAAUUCAACCAUCUGGAGCUGCAGGAGGAAGGUCUCGUUGUUGAGUCUGGCCCACACUGUAGAGCAAAACAAUGGCCGGGACACUUUACCAAUACUCUGGAGGUUCCUUCAAAUGGAAGCAGAGUUACGGCUAGUGAGGUUCCUUCCUGACAUCUUGGUUCUCCAGAGGGAUUUGGUAAAGAAGUUCCAGAACAUGACAGAUCUACCCUUCAAAACCAUAGAAGAGUUUCUGGAUAGCCAUAAACAAGCUUCACUAGCUUGGUAUAAAAAGUGCAUAAACAUCUUCUUGUCAACAUGGAACCAACUCAGGGUAUCUCUGGCCACCACAGGAGAGAUAAAGUUGCCGGCUGAAUACACUCAGGAGGAUCUAGGUCUGGACGCUGACCUGCAGGUGCUGCUGCCGCAGAGACAUGGUCUGGGCCUGUGCUCCACUGCUCUCGUCAGCUACCUCAUCGCCCUUCACAAUAACCUUGUGUACACUGUGGAAAAACACACCAGAGAGGAGUCUGGUUACACGGUAAGCCCAGCUGAUCUGACGGAGCUGCAUGUGAUCCGUUAUGAGUAUGAGCGGGACCUGCUGCCUCUGAUACUGUCCAACUGCCAGUACAGCAUGGAGCGCGGCCAGGAAACACUGAUGGAGUACGACCUGCCCAAGAUUCAGCACCAGAUCCUCAGCCGCUUUCUACAGGGCAAACCUCGCAUUACACUUAAUGGUAUUCCGACAGUGGUGAACAGACAGGACAGAAAUUAUGAGAUCAUAUUUAUGGAUUUGAAGGGCAAAGUUCCACAAGAGCCACUGCAGGCUGUCACACAACACAACCUGGUGAAGGAGCUGCAGUCCUACAGUGACGUGUGUGAAGCGCUGUCUACAGUCGAGCUGGCCCUCGGGUUCCUCGCCAUGACCGGAGGAGAGCCACACGUGCAGCUGGCCACUUAUUUGGAGGAGGUGCUACAGAUGACUGACAACAUGGCCCCCCAGGUCCUCAAGGCAUUCAGCCGGUGCAGUCUUAAACACUGUGUGGCGCUGUGGCAGCUGCUCAGCUCUCUGAAAUCAGAGACCCUGCUGCGUCUGAAGGGGGACCCUUUUAAGGACAUCAGUGAGGAGUACAAACAUCCUCUGCAGGAGGAACACAGGAGCCAGCUCACUAGUUUUAUAACGAAGUCCAGCGCUGGUGCCUUCCUGAUGGAGAUCCAUGAAUUUCUGCUUUUAGCUCUGAAGAACCUAACAGCCACAGACACCUACAAACCUGACUGGGGUCUGAAAAUCACUGUUGUGUCCUACAUGGAGCGUAAAGAUGUGGAGGUUCCUCCUGAGGUGGACGAGUUCUUCCCUGAAGACAUUCUGCUCUCACAGUGCAUUGAAACGUGGAAGUUCUCUACUCUUCUCAGACGAGAAAGAAAUCAAAGUUAGAUCCUGGAUGAAGAACUUCCGUGUUCUUACCCAAACACUCAUAGUAGACAAAGCUUAGUUUUGAUUUACAAAUGAUAUGUGUUUACAUCACUCGCUCACUACAGACCUUUUAAAUCCUUGUCUUUUUCUGCAUAUUGAAGUCUUCACUUUCUCCACUUAUCUACAGCACUGUAUACAGUAAUAUUAUAGUCAUGAUCUGUCAAAGUAUCUCUCUAGGAUAGUUAGCAAACAUAGUACAACUUAUUACAAAAUAUAAAAAAAAGGUUGCAGACAAUGUUAAUGUGUUUCCUUGAUUCUCUAAAUACAUAUAAACUCCCGACUCGAGGACCUUUACAAAUCACAAUAAAAAGAUUUUAAAAAUAUAUACUAUAUAUCAUGAUCUCAGAUCUGAGCACACUUAUGUUCAUCUUAAAAUAAUGUUUUUUGAUUAUUAAAAUGUCAUUGCAUUGCUUAGUGUAGAUUAAAGGGUGUCCAAUACAAAUAAUGUUCAGGGUAUUUUUUUUCUUUCAUUUUACAUUCCAUUUUAUGCUGGAACAGUGCUGCAUGCAAAAUUUUCUUUCCUGUGACUUAAACUGAUUUGAAUAAAAAUGAUAAAUGUUUA